AAAAAAAAGCUAUAUUUAAAUACCAUUCCUUACCAUUAGAUUAGCAAAACUUAACUCCUCGAAGAUUGUGUCUUCUCGCUUGUUCCCUUUCCAAUUAACACUCCUGUAAUCACUGGAGGCGUUUAGACUUCAGGAAUUCCUGUCUAUUCAAUAUUUUCUGUCCUGAACCAGCGAGAGAGAAGGACGACUCAGAAAUUCUAACAGUUCACAUUCCCCACCAGGAGUUCGUGGCUAUGAGAUUUGUUCCCCGUGGGCACCCGGAGUGGCAAUGCUUCCCCCUGAAGACUGAGAAUUUGGGCGUUUUUCCUCCAGGAAUCGGAGGAGUGUAAUCCAUAGCUCGGUGGAGUCGCAAACACUGUGGCUCCCGGAGGAGGAUACAGGCCCAAUUCUGGGAACGGUAGUCCAGAUUCUCAGUGGAGUAGCGGUCAGUUUGGCUCCGGGAGGCGAAUCUGGGGAUUUCUGGGAAAUGUAGUCCAGACGCUCAGUGGAGUCGCGGUCAGUUUGGGCACUGACAGGCGGGUCCUACGGAAUUCUGGGAAAUGUAGUCCUCGCGCUCGGGGUUGUCACGGUCAGUUUGGCUCGGGAAUUCUGGGACGUGGAGUCCAACCACUUCAGUGGAGUUGUGGGCACUUCCGCUCCGGGACUGUGAGGUUGCUGCAGUUUUGUUGCUGGUAGUUUGCAUCAGUUCCGCGGGACCCUUCUGAAUUUCCUGAACCUACGCUUUGGAUCCUCAACGAACUGGUGAUCGAAUUAGCAAAAAAAAAAAAAAAAAAAAAAAAACUUCGUCGGAGAGCAGAGGUUUGGCGGGAUUCUUCUUUCCCUCAGACUGCAUCACUCAGGACUCUGCGUAUUCCCUGAUACAGGAAGAAAAAUGACCACGUUGAAGGAGGCAGUGACCUUCAAGGACGUGGCUGUGGUCUUCACCGAGGAGGAGCUGGGACUGUUGGACCCUGCCCAGAGGAAGCUGUAUCGAGAUGUGAUGCUGGAGAAUUUCAGGAACGUGCUCUUAGUGGGGUAUCAACUACUCCACAGAGAUACUUUCCACUUCCCCAGGGAAGAAAAGUUCUGGAUGGUGGAGACAGCAACCCAAAGAGAAGGGAAUUUAGGAGGCAAGAUCCAAACUGAGAUGGAAACUGUUCCAGAACAAGGAACACAUGAAGGGCUGUUCAGCCAUCAAACCUGGGAACAAAUUUCAAGUGACUUAACCAGGUUUCAAGACUCCACGGUAAACAGCUCUCAGUUCCCCAAACAAGAUGAUAUGCCCUGCCAGGUUAAUGCCAGACUAUCUAUAAUUCACAAAGCACAGAAACCUUCUGAGGGUGGGAAGCGUAAAAAAUCCCUUAGUGAUGUCUCCAUCCUUGAUCUUCAUCAACGAUUAGAGUCAAGAGAGAAGUCUCAUACAUGUGAUGAAUGUGGAAAGAGUUUCUGUUAUAGCUCAGCUCUUCAUAUCCAUCAGAGAGUUCACAUGGGGGAGAAACUCUUUAAUUGUGAUGUGUGUGGUAAGGAAUUCAAUCAGAGCUCACAUCUGCAAAUUCAUCAGAGAAUUCAUACUGGAGAGAAACCAUUCAGAUGUGAGCAGUGUGGGAAAGGCUUCAGCCGUAGAUCAGGACUUUAUGUUCAUCGUAAAUUACACACAGGAGAGAAACCUCAUAUUUGUGAGGAAUGUGGGAAGGCCUUCAUUCAUGAUUCCCAGCUUCAGGAACAUCAAAGAAUCCAUACUGGGGAGAAACCAUUCAAAUGUGAUAUAUGUUGUAAGAGCUUCCGUAGUAGAGCAAAUCUUAAUAGGCAUUCCAUUGUUCACAUGCGAGAGAAACCAUUCAGAUGUGAUACAUGUGGUAAGAGCUUUGGUUUGAAAUCAUCACUUAAUAGUCAUCACAUGAUUCACACAGGAGAGAAACGGUACAAAUGUGAGGAAUGUGGAAAACGCUUCAUUUAUAGGCAAGAUCUUUAUAAGCAUCAGAUAGACCACACAGGGGAGAAGCCAUAUAAUUGUAAAGAGUGUGGAAAGAGCUUCAGAUGGGCCUCAGGUCUUUCAAGACAUGUGCGAGUCCACAGUGGAGAGACACCAUUCAAAUGUGAAGAAUGUGGGAAGGGAUUUUAUACAAAUUCACAGCGUUAUUCUCACCAGAGAGCCCACAGUGGAGAAAAGCCAUAUAGAUGUGAGGAGUGUGGGAAGGGCUACAAAAGGAGAUUGGAUCUUGACUUUCAUCAGAGGGUCCACAGAGGAGAGAAACCCUAUAAUUGCAAGGAAUGUGGGAAGAGCUUUGGCUGGGCCUCAUGUCUUUUGAAUCAUCAGAGAAUCCACAGUGGAGAAAAACCAUUUAAAUGUGAAGAGUGUGGGAAAAGAUUUACUCAGAAUUCACAACUUUAUACCCAUCGUAGAGUCCAUAGUGGAGAAAAACCAUUCAAAUGUGAAGAGUGUGGGAAAAGAUUUACUCAGAAUUCACAACUUUAUUCUCAUCGCAGAGUCCACACAGGAGUAAAGCCAUACAAAUGUGAGGAGUGUGGGAAGGGGUACAACAGUAAGUUUAAUCUUGACAUGCACCAGAGAGUCCACACGGGAGAGAGACCUUAUAAUUGUAAAGAAUGUGGGAAGAGCUUUAGCCAGGCCUCAAGUAUUUUGAAUCAUAAGAGACUCCACGAUGAUGAAAAGCCAUUCAAAUGUGAAGACUGUGGGAAGAGAUUUACUGAGAAUUCACAGCUGCAUUCCCAUCAGAGUGUUCACACUGGGGAAAAACCAUACAAAUGUGAGAAGUGUGGAAAGAGCUUCAGAUGGGCCUCAACUCAUCUAACCCAUCAGAGACUCCACAGUAGAGAAAAACCACUUCAGUGUGAGGACUGUGGGCAGAGUAUUGUGCACAGUUCAUGCCUUAAAGACCAGCAAAGAGACCAAAGUGGAGAGAAACCAUCUAAAUGUGAGGACUGUGGGAAGCGCUACAAGAGGCGUUUGAAUCUUGAUAUGCUUUUGUCAUUAUUUUUAAAUGACACAUAAUUAUUCUACUUGUUUAUGAGGUACAGUGUGAUAGUUAAUACAAAUAUACAAUGUAUAAUGAUCAAAUUAGCGUCAUUAACAUACCUCAAACAUUUAUCAUUGUGUUGGGAACCCUUAAAAUUCACUAUUCUAGCUAUUUGAAAAUAAUAAGUUGUUAAUUACAGUCACCCUGCAGUGGUGUGAAAUACUAGAACUUACCUCCUACCUGCUUGUAUUUCUAUACUGAUUAACCAACCUUUGGCUACCACCCUCCCUCCUCACCUCUAAGAACUACUAUUCUACUCUCUACUUCCAUGAAAUUAACUUUUUGAGCUUCCACAUAUGCAUGAGAACAUGUGGUAUUUACCUUUCUGUGCCUGGCAUAUAUCACUUAAUAUAAUGCCCUGUAAGGCUCAUUCACUUUGUUGUGACACAAUUUUGUCAUUUUUCAUGGCUAAAUAGUACUCUGAUGUGUAUAUUUGCCACAUUUUCUUUAUUCAUUCAUCCAGUGGACACUUAGGUUGAUUACAUAUCUUGGCCUAUUUCUUGGCUAUCAUGAGUAGUGCUACAAUAAACAUGGGAGGUAGAGAUAACUCUUUAACAUACUGAUUUCCUUUUCUUUGGAUAUGUACCAAGUAUCCUAUAAUAAUAUGACAUGACUCAAAAUUAAGGAAUAGGAUUGUGGAAAUUGGUUUUCGAAACAAUUCUCCAGUUUGAAUAUAGAGAAAAAAUGAUGAGUGUCUUCAGCUGCCCUCAUACAUAAUGCAUGUGAGCUUGCUUUAAGUGUAAGUCAAGGAGUAGAAAAAUCUUGGAGAUAG